AUGUCUCCUGUGUCUUUUACAUUAGUCAGUCGCGGAUGUGCCGAGACAUCCGGCGCGGGGUCAUGUCUGUGGCUGAGCUGCUCUGUACCGGCGACGUUCUGGUCCACGUCUCAUUCUCAUGGAAAAUUGAACUUUGUGGCCCUCAGUUCCACAAAAACUCUCAUCAUUUAUUCAGCAGCCAGAUCUGUGAGAUCCAGCCCAAUAUCUCGGUGCCACAUGUUUUUUGCAGCGUCUGAUGUGUCUACGCGUCCAACCAUUGGCCGAUGUCACUACGGCGACUCACUGCUGACACUUUUGUCAGUUCUCAAAGAUUUUCGAGACGCGUCGCAUCGUCAGCAGCAGCUGAUCUGUCGUCCGGCCACCUACAGACCGACACGGAACAGCCACAAGUACCUCUGCUUCUAUAAAGUAUACAAAAAGAAUGAUGUCAGUAUAUCAGAUGAAUAUCCUAUUUUUCAUGUUCUAACUAUAUUUGUAUAUCGUUAG